UAUUAUCUCUGUAUUCUUCUAAUAUAAUAAGGUUCCAAUAAACUCAAGGGACACUUUUUCUCUCUCUCGCUAAAGAAUGGACUCAUCUUCUUCCCGAAGAUCGGAUUACAACAACACAAACAACGAGAAGUUCCACCGCCAGAAGUUCGUAUCGAGAAUACUUUCGCCAGCAAUUCGGGGGCAAAAUUGUCCAAUAUGUUUAAACACCAUCUCCGAUUGCAGAGCUGCGGUGCUUACAGAUUGUACCCACGCCUACUGCUUGCAUUGCAUCAGCAAAUGGAGCAAUUUGAAGCGCAACUGCCCUCUCUGCAACGCACCGUUUGAUUCCUGGUUCUACAAGAUCAACCUCUCAACUCGAAACUUCCUCCAACAGCGAUUACCUCCUCUUGGCAAGGGCAAAACUGUCACUUCUCAUUCUCACUCCAGCUCAAGAGGUCCACCACAAAGGAUUAUGCAAAGAUCAAGACAUGAAUUGAUCAGUGGUAGGCAGGAAGCAAGACAAUUGCCAUGGAGACGAUCGUUUGGACGGCCAGGAUCGGUGCCUGAGCCCGUCAUCGCUGAAAGAAAACUUCAGUGGCGUGCCAGCGUUUAUAACCAACGCUUGCAAGCUGUUCCUUUAUCUUCUAGGAAUUGCGUUCACCAGAAUGUUGCAGUGAAUAAAUUUGUGAAAGAAAGAAUACUGCAGAGAAUAGAACCGUGGAUCCAAAGGGAGCUCCAUGCUAUCCUUGGGGACCUAGAUCCAUCCGUUAUUGUUCAUGUGGCCUCCUCACUUUUUAUUGCAAGUCUAGAAGGAAAGUUUAAUCAUCCUUCAAGACUGCUUGGUGUUAAACGCGACUUUUUAGCACCCUUGCAACCUUUCUUGCAUGAUGAGACCGCCAUGUUCUGGCAUGAAUUGAGAUGUUUUGCAGAGAGUUCAUUUACAAUGGAAACGUAUGAUUCAGUGGUUGAAUAUAAAGAGUUGGCUUAAGUGCUGCGAAAUAAUGUUUCAUCCCCUGAUUUGUUGGCUGCACAAGCCUAUUGAUUGAGGAUGAGCCAAGUCUUAUGAAGCAAAGAUGUCACCCCAGAUCAAAACUCAGAGUUGCAACCUGGAGCAAAGUGCUCAACAUAAUGGCUGUGUCAAUGGGUAGUGGGGGCAUAUCUCAUCAUUGAGUAUAGAGGAGGUGUUGCUUUGGCAAAAGAAAAUGCAAAAUUGGAUUGAGUUGAGAGCAGAAGCUGGAUCAAAUUAUGAUUUAAAAACAGAGUUUGGAAUCUCACAAAUCACUGUCUUUCUCAAUUCAAUCAGGGGCAUAGAUGCAUGUAUUAAGAUGUAUAGAAACUGAAGAUUGUGUUAACGAAUUGCAUUGACAAAAUCAUCAAAUUUGUAUGUUCUUACCGUUGCCUUAAACCAUCAAUAAUAGCUCGAGGGUUUGUAUGAUAUUGACAAUAUGAGUACGUACUCAAGAUUAAUGAAAUUGAGAUUUAUCAAGUCACAACUGACAAGUUCUCCAGAUUCAGUCACCUGUACAAAUUGUUAUAUUUACU